CUUGUUUCAGGCAGCAGACUGUCGGAAGGAAGACCGAACAAAGUUGUUUUUUUCCUAGCGUUUUUUUCCAUUCAUAAGACAGAACAUGGCCUCGAUCCUGCGGUCCAGUAAAUUUGUGCGGUACUUCGCCGGUUUCGCGCGGAAUAUAGUGUUUAACACCGUUCGGGAGACCGAAGGUAGCCUCGUACAGCAGUCGCAAUGUUUGUGCAGUAAUUCCAUCAGCGGAUUUGCGACGUCGGCGGCUAAUUCCAAUCAAGGAUUGGAUCGGUCGUUAAAGCGAUUGGAUGAGGACGUUCGGCGUUCGGGGCGCAUUUCACGCCGGGAUUUGGAGGAUGUUUUGGAAGAGAUCCGAGUUAAUCGGUCUGCUACCAGUGCGCAAUCCUUGCUGGUCAUUCGUUGUUGUGGCAAUUUGGUGCCGGAGGAACUUCCAGAGGUGCGCACAGCUCUGGUUCAGGAAAUCUGGAAAACACUCAACGGUCUAAAUGUUCCCAUGGAUAUAUCUCACUACAAUGCACUGCUGCGGGUUUAUUUGGACAACGAGCAUUCGUUUUCGCCUACCGAGUUUUUGGCCGACCUCAAGGCAAAAGGUGUGGAACCGAAUCGAGUGACCUACCAACGGUUGAUUUCCCGCUACUGUCAGGAAGGUGACAUCGAGGGGGCUACGAAGAUUUUGGAAUACAUGCGCGAGAAACAGCUACCGGUGAACGAAUACGUUUUUAAUGCGCUUAUCAUGGGACAUUCGCAGGCGGAUGAUCUGGAAUCGGCCGCUGGGAUCCUAGCUGUGAUGUCGCAGGCGGGGCUACAGCCGUCGGCCGACACGUACACAACUUUACUGUGUGGUUAUGCUCGGAAGGGUGACAUCGAGUACAUCAACAAAACGUUGGAAACAUGUGAGGAAAAGGAAAUUUUCCUGUUAGAUAAGGACUUGCUAGAGAUUAUCUAUUCACUAGCCACCAAUGGCCAUGCCGAGAAAGUCGAUCCACUGUUGGCAAAAAUAAGGAAACAAGCUGGGUUCAAUCAAGAUGCGGUUAACGUUAUUUUACGAUUGAUUAACAAAGGGCAAGAAGACGUAGCUUUGAAGUUGCUGAAGAUUAUGCCUAGGGCGACGAGAAAUGAUGGUGAGCUGGUUAACACAGGAGGUUUUCUGCUCAAGCAGUUGGUAAAAGCUAAAAGACCUAUUGAAAAAAUAUCUUCUAUUUGUCUUGAGCUGCAGAGCUCUGGGCUAAACCCGAAUGCAUAUUUAAUUGCGUUAGAGACAGCUUUAAAGAACGGUAUUGUAGAGCACGCCUACGCUAUGUUAAAGGCUCUGAACGAACAGAAUCAGCCUGUGCGCCAACACUACUUCUGGCCAUUAUUGUGUUCCAGUGAUCAACCUAGACCAGAGGGGGUUCUGAACAUACUACGAACAAUGUCGGAGGAAUUCGGCAUUCACCCCAGCAGUGAAACUAUCCGCGACUACGCCAUUCCAAAUUUGGGCCUUAGCUAUUAUGAAGAGGUUAUUCAUCUACUACGAAGCGUCGGAGUGUCGCCGGCAGUUGCCAGCUCCGGUUGUGCUUACAUUGCCUUGGAAAACAAUAAGCUCAAAGAAGCUGCAACUAUUGCCUCGCGCUAUAAAGCUUACUAUUCCCCGGGCAUUUACCGCAAGCCACUUGUUAAUGCUUUGGUGAACACAAAUGAUUUUGAUUCCUAUAUUCGCUUUUCUCGCCAUUUCUAUGAUAAUCUUCUACGAAUUGGUUCGAGAGAGGAAACAAGUGACCAAGCAGCAGAACGUGAAAACGUUCCUGGACCAAAUUUUCAGGCUGAUGUACUUGGAUCGAUGCUUUACGACGUACUGGUUUCAUUCAAAACAAACCGUAUACAAGCUCUCACUAAAGUUCUGACUGGCUUCGUUAAUCAAGGCUUGACUAUUAGCCACUCUCAAGCGGACAAAAUUCAGGAAAAGUUGGGAGGCGAAAUGACAACUGAAAUUUCAACCAUGUUGAGUCAACUGGCAGCCGGAGAUCUCGAACCGAUUCAAUUGGAAAAUGUUAGCUCCAAGGCUAGAAUGUCUGGUUUCAGCCUAUCGAUUCCGCAGUUGGAACGUUUAAUUGAAGAUUUGCACGCUCGUGGCGAAAACACUAAUUCACUGAAGAACCAACUGAUUCGCAACGCCAUCCGUUCGAACGACGUUUCCAAAACCGAAGAAGUUCUCACCCGCCUGGAAGCUGAAAACUAUGUGAUUCAACCAGGCGUUUAUGCACAGAUCAUUGAACUGUACGCGGAUCAUGACAAGUUAGACCAAGCUUUUGGGCUGCUGGAGAAAGUGAAAACUAAAUCUCCAGACUUCGAGCUAGACGAAACGAAAAUCAUAAGGCUUGCGCAAGCUAUUUUAAAUCAAGAUCGCUUUGAGGAUACUUUGAAGUUCCUUAAAGAUAACAAACCGGCAGUACCGCGUAACGAAAAGUCUGACGAUUUUAAUUAUAACAGUGCUUGCUGGAGAAUGCUAAAUUCGUUGGCAGAGAAAGGAAACGUAGACAGCAUAAAUCAACUGUUCAAUCUGAUGCUUGAGAACGGGUACAUCACACCACACAACAUUUUCUUAGGACCCCUGAUCAAGGUUCAUAUUGUACGAGAAGAUUUGCAAUCGGCAAUAACCGUCUUUGAAGACAUUUGUCAAAAAUAUCGUGCCACUCCGUGGAAGGCUGAACUGACGUGCCGCUUGAUUCAAGCUGAAGAUGCAAAUAACCUCCAGCGAGUGACCGAUCUCAGCACUGAGGUUCACGGUGAAGUCAACAGCCUCUACGACUUGGUGUUUGCAUUUGUAGAUUGUGGUCGCAUUCGGCAGGCGAGAAAGAUUUUGGAAACGCCCGGACUACGAACUCGGUAUCAGCGUAUUCAAAAUGCUUGCGAGCGAUAUCAUGUCGAAGGAAAAACGCAAAGCUUGGAAGGCUUGAUGGAAGCGACCAAAGAUCUCAAUCACAUUGAUCGCUCGGAAAUCUAUCAUAAACUACUACAGAGUUAUAUUAACGAAAAUAAACCCGAAAAGGCACUUGGCUUGUGGACUAAAAUGCAAGAAGAGGACGAGACCCCUUCCGAUGCAUUUUUAAUAGAAUUGUCCAGCUUUCUUCAAACAUCUGGAUAUGAAGUGCCAUUUGUGACUCCCGAUGCUCCCAGCACUGCUGUUAAAAAACCUAGGAAAUCUGCUAAAACAGCAGAUACAACCAACGCACAACAAUACCGUAAGCCGAUAUCAAUCGCAUUGAAGGAUUUCAAAUCUGCUCUUAAAGUUGGCGAUCCAGAUCUGGUUCUUGCUACCAGUUCGAAACUACUUCCAACCGACAAGCUUAAUCUUACCGAAGAGUCGCUUAUUAUAGAGGCACUUAUCAAGCGAGAACGUUUAAACGAGGCGACAAAGCUCGUUCUUAAAAUGCUCUCCCAGAAUAUGCAUCCGAUUCCACGAGUUUUCAAGUAUUUCCUCAACAGACUUGCUGCCGUGGGUGAUAUAGAAACAUUCGAACAAAUCAAUAGCUUGAUUCCGGAUAGCGUCAAAAGGCUAGUAUCUUUCGAUAAUCGUUUUUGUCAUGCGAACGUAAGCAGCGGCAAUGCUGAGAAGUACUUACAAUCUUUGGAAGCCACUCUCGACGGAGUUACCAGCAAGGAAGAAGCAGAGAAGGUGGGCAAACACUUUCCGGUUGGAGGAGCUGCUGGUAUACUGACCAACCACCCGGAGUUGCUCGAACGUUUCCAGAAGCUGGCUGAGCGGUACGCUAAGUGGGAAAUUAACACUCCAAUUAAUGCCCUUUGGGCACAUUAUUUUGUAAAUGGUGAGGAGGUAAAGGCAAAGGCCUUGUGGGAUACAUACUUGAACAACACAUCCAGAGUUAUGUUCCAAAAAGUUAUUCAGCAAGCCAGAGAAACCAAUGACGAUGCAUUAGUACGUCGGUUGAUCGCCCAAUUGAAGGAUUCUAAAGUAACGGAAAGCGCCGUUGGUAUCAUAUACAGCUGCCUGAUCGAUGCGUUACUCUCAAAGGGAGAAAACGAAGAGGCUUUCAGUGCACUAGAAGAGGGUUUGAAGACUGUUUGCUUGGAACACAUAAAUAGAUCAGCAUUGCGUAGGUUGAAGGAAAAUCUGGCGGCCGUCGGUAAGGAAUUCCCUUAUACAAUUCCGGAACGCAGUGCAAACAAAGCUGAAGAAACUUCCAGCAGCAGUAGCAGCAGUAGCAGUGAUGAUGAAGUUCGAAAAUCGAUUAAAUAAAUCGUUAUCAAUUUUAGUGGACUGCAUUUGCUGUUUCUUCACUUCAUCGGUAUUGUUAUCAUGUUAGGCCAUCAUCAAUAUUCUUAUCCCUCACCAAAUAUAGUGUUUAAUAGAUAUGAUCAGUG